AUGUCUUUCCACAGGAGCGAUUUGGAGCAACCUCCUGUGAGACCGGACCGGCGAUCACUUACCCCCCCGCCAGCCGACGAUAACGAAGGGGGCGCAGAGUCUGUGUUCACAUACGUUCACACUCCCACGUACACGUGUGGCGGUAGUAGAGACUCACUCGGGCGAACACUUAAGUUCGAGUCUAUGCCGGAUGUCUUUCCGGAAGGUGUACACAGUAGGGAUGGGCAAUGGUUGUGCGUUGACCCAAAUGCGAACGAAAUCGCUGAGAGGGCACCACAGGUGUACGACCAGCAGCAGGCAAACCGGGAUGGGAGGGAAUCUGAAAGGAAAGGAGCAUUGCACACGGGCGCGGAAAAAAUGAUGAGCGUGCAUGCAACGAGUGGUCCAGGCGAUAAACAGGCCAGCUACCACAACCAUACGACACGCACCCACACACAAUCAAAUGAGGGAACGGGUAUGACCAAGCGCGCAGAGAACCCGAAGGAUAAGAUCAUCGCUGGCAAUAAGCGACCCUGGGUGCCCAUAAAGACACGCUCUCUACGGGAUACAUCUGGGGUUAUCAACAACUUAAUACAAACGUUGACUACGAAUUUCGGAAGCUUGAAGGCGCCCGUGCCAGCCUCCCAUUUCCACUGUGAGUAUUUUGGCUGUUUGUCUGUGACUUUGUAGGGUUUGUACCCUACAAGAGAACGAUACUGGGUGGGUAUUCGGGGUAGCUUGAAGAAUAUUGAUAUAUACGCUGGGCAGGGCUGUUUUGGAACGCUUACAUUUAAACUGUGUACGCGACUGUAUUAAUGCAUUUCAUCUGUGAUGACCAAUGAGG